UGUGCCCGGCCGGCCCAACCCCGACGCGCCUCAGUCGGCGAGAGACCGUUGGUGGGAGAGGAGCUGCCGCCGUUGACGCUCUCUGCCGCCAUCCCCCCCCCUCCCUCUCUUCCCCUCCGCCCGCUCCGCGACCCCCGCCAUGGAGUAAAGGUUCCCGGCAGGCCGGCUGGGGAGGCCCCGCCGCGCCCCGAUGGCUCUGGUGACGGUGCAGCGGUCGCCUACCCCCAGCGCCACCUCCAGCCCCUGCGCCUCGGAGGCGGAUAGUGGGGAAGAUGAUUGCAGGUUCCAGCCCAGAAGCAUCAGUGAAAGCUUUCUCACGGUAAAAGGCGCAGCCCUCUUCCUACCCCGUGGAAAUGGUUCCUCAACUCCCCGGAUCAGCCAUCGGCGCAACAAGCAUGCAGGGGACCUUCAGCAGCACCUUCAAGCCAUGUUCAUGCUUCUCCGGCCAGAAGAUAAUAUCCGGCUGGCUGUAAGACUGGAAAGCACAUACCAGAACCGCACACGAUAUAUGGUGGUGGUCUCGACCAACGGUCGGCAAGACACGGAGGAAAGCAUUGUCCUCGGAAUGGAUUUCUCAUCCAAUGACAGCAGCGUGUGUACAAUGGGGCUGGUCUUGCCGCUCUGGAGCGAUGCCCUCAUUCAUCUGGACGGUGAUGGGGGCUUCAGCGUCUCGACGGACAACAGAGUGCACAUCUUCAAGCCGGUGUCGGUGCAAGCCAUGUGGUCCGCCCUGCAAAGCCUUCACAAAGCGUGUGAAGUGGCCCGGAUUCAUAACUACUACCCCGGCAGUCUUUUCCUCACCUGGGUCAGUUACUACGAGAGCCACAUCAACUCGGACCAGUCCUCGGUCAACGAGUGGAAUGCCAUGCAAGAUGUCCAGUCCCACCGGCCGGACUCCCCUGCCCUCUUCACAGAUGUCCCAACAGAGCGAGAACGCACAGAACGUUUGAUAAAGACCAAGCUGAGGGAGAUCAUGAUGCAGAAGGACUUGGAAAACAUCACGUCCAAGGAGAUCCGAACGGAGCUGGAGAUGCAGAUGGCAUGCAAUCUCCGGGAGUUCAAGGAAUUCAUCGAUAACGAGAUGAUCGUCAUCCUCGGCCAGAUGGACAGUCCCACGCAGAUCUUUGACCACGUUUUUCUGGGGUCAGAGUGGAAUGCCUCCAAUCUGGAAGACCUGCAAAACCGAGGGGUGCGGUACAUUUUGAACGUCACUCGAGAGAUCGAUAAUUUCUUCCCAGGGAUUUUCGAAUACCACAACAUCCGCGUUUACGACGAAGAGGCAACCGAUCUGCUAGCUUACUGGAACGACACAUACAAAUUCAUCUCCAAAGCAAAGAAGAAUGGCUCCAAGUGCCUGGUUCACUGCAAGAUGGGAGUCAGCCGGUCAGCCUCCACCGUGAUCGCGUACGCCAUGAAGGAGUACGGCUGGAACCUGGACCGGGCCUACGAUUACGUGAAGGAGCGGCGCACUGUCACCAAGCCCAACCCCAGCUUCAUGCGGCAGCUAGAGGAAUACCAGGGGAUCCUCCUGGCCAGCAAGCAGCGGCAUAACAAGCUGUGGCGGUCACACUCCGACAGCGACCUCUCCGACCAUCACGAGCCCAUUGGCAAGUCCGGCAUGGAGGUCAGCAAAAAGGAGAUCACCACAUCUGCAGACCAGAUCUCGGAGAACAAGACCCCCAACAGCCACCACCCCUCGGCGUCUCCAGGAGCGCCCGCCAGCCUGCCCAUGGAAUGCCGCUGCCAUCCAGGCGCCAAUACCAUGGACUUCUGCGGGAAGGAGAGGGUGAUCCAACUGGAGAUCACCUCCCGAGACUUCAGCACGGAGCAGAUGGAGGACCGUUUGAACUUGAACAGCAUCAACGGGUGUCCUUCCGGGUGCUGCUUGGAUGACCUGAAGUUUCCUCUGGACAACUGCCGAGCUCCUGAGGCUGUGCUGCAGCACGAGGAGGCCUUCAAGGUGGCAGCUGAGUUUCCGGACUUGGCAGUGGACGAUUUAGAGAAAGACGCCCUUAAGCCGGGGGACGGAAGCGUCCAUUUGGUCCCCAUGGAAGAGCUGGAGUCUUGCUUGCAAGACCUUUCCAAGUCUCCCAUCCGCAACUCCCCAAGCCCACCGUUCCCUCCCCAGCCCGAAAGCACGGAUUUCAGCACAGACAGGAUCGACUUCUUCAGCGCCUUGGAGAAGUUCGUGGAGCUUUCUCAGGAGGGCCGGUCGCGGGCCUUCUCCCACUCGAGGACGGACGACCAGGGAGGCGGGAGGAACGGUCUCUCCAAAGUGUCGGUCUUGGAGUUGCUGCCCUCGGAUUCGGCAGAAGAUGCUCCGCGAAACAACUCAACGGGCAAUUCCCCACAGGGGUCAGAAGCUUCUUCGGCAGAGGAGGAACAUCUGAAGCUCUCUGAACUCGACCGUUCGAGCGGCCUGACACGAUCUCACUCCGAAAACGCCAUCUCAGUGAAAGAAAUAGUCACGGAAAUCGAAUCGAUCCACCAGGGCGUGGGGCAGGGAGCAGCGAAAAUGGACAGCUUGAACAAUCAAGUCCCGGCCCUCAAAAGGAACACAGUCCACGAGCUGCCUGCAGAAUCCGUUUGGGCCUGGGAAAAUAAGUCCGGGAAAGCCGAGCAGGGGGAAGGAGUCGGCUUGCCGCAGAAGGAGGCAGCCAGAGAGGCUUUGAAGCCGGAUCAAGAAGGCACGUCGGUCCUGCAGAUGCCUGGUGCAAAGAUGGAGUUUGAAGAGAGCGACAGCUUGACAGAAGACCCUCUGGAGACUCGUCUAAAUCCUGGGCCCAAAUGGUGCCCUGGCUCUGUACGGCGUGCCACCCUGGAGUUCGAGGAGCGCCUCAGACAGGAGCAGGAUCUGCAGCAUGCUUCCCCUAUCGCCCCCUUACCCGUCCGCAAGAACUCCAAGAACGAAUCGGCGGCGGCUGAUGUUCCCUCGAAGGGCAAGGAUGAAGAACCGUCUCACGAGCUGGCCCACAUCUCCAAGGAUGAGGCCAUGAGAGUUGGGGACGCUGGGGCCGAGACUGGUUCUGAACAGCUCCCCAUCCUGCCCAUCUCUCCCCCUCAGGAUGACCGGUUGGAGUGCUCUCACGCAGAUGUGCUGGGGUGGGCCAAACAGCACAGAACAGUGAUUUCGGUGGAAGGCCCCGAAAAGAUCCCCACUCCUUGCCUUCUCCCGAAGAGAAUAGAGAUUAUCGAGUACACCCACGUGGCCAGGUUGCCCAGCCAGUCUGGGACAGAUUUCCCAGCAGCGGAGCGGAGUCCUGAACUCAAAGAGCCAGAGGAAGCCCCGGUGGUGGACGAGAAUUGCAACGCACCUUUAUGCUCCGAGAAUUCUCUUGAACCGGUGGGGGCAUGCCCGUCGCAAAGGCCUUCAACGCUGGAGCACAGCGACUUCAAGAAAGCCGUCUUCUCCUUGGGGAGUCCCGAGGAGGAGGGAAUUGGGGCGUUGAUGGACACAGAAGCCUCUCUGUUAGUGAACCCGGUGAGCUGUCUGCCCCCACCGCACUCGGAUCACCACACUCACCAGCACUUUGUUUGCUUAGAGGGGGUCACGCAGGAUAGCACGAGUUCGGAUCCCGAGCCGGCCCCUUCGCUGGGCUACGCUGGAAACGGACAGUUUGCCUUUGAGGAGAGGGGAGGAGCUCUGCGUAGAAGGAGUGAGGGGGCCCUAGUGCAGUGGAGCCCCGGGGACUUACGCGUGCCCCAUCAGCUAGACCCACAUGCCGGGGGAGCUCCAGAAACCACUGUGGCCGCUUCUCUGUGCUGCAGCCUCCCCCACAGCUCCAGCAGCGACAGCAUCCAAGACCUGAGCGGUGGCUCCGGCUCCGUGAGACAGCGCGCGAAGGAAAUGGAGGCCCGGAUCCGGCAAGCGGGGCUCACCCCGCCUUCCCUCAUGAAACGGUCAGCAUCGUUAGCCAAGCUGGGCUGCCUGGAUCUACUGAAGGACGACUUGUCCUGCGGGCACGCUCUCUUGUCUAGCCCCGGCCCAUCGUCCCUCAACCCACUACCUGCCAUCUGCGGCCAGAGAGGGCCCGCGGUCACUUCGGAGCAUGGUGCGCAGGGCCCAGGCGUGACGCUUUUGCCACCCAUCCUCCGGGCUCCCCAGCUGACGGUGCAUUUUGUGGAGCCGCUCAAGACGACGGAAAGCAUCGCCCUGAGCAAACCCGUGGAGAGGCCUCCGGCGCAGUAUGCCAAAGAGUUCAGUCUGACUAGGCCGCUCUCGGAAGCGAAAUUGACUAGCGCCCAAGCGGCAGGGUUGCCGGGGUUGCCAGUGCCCCCGAGGCUGGCAGUGGUGCCCAGGUACCAACACGGUAGAACUCGACAGCCGAGGAGACUCAAAAAAGCGAAUGACAGGAAACGUACAACCAAUCCCCUGUAUAAUACCAUGUGAUCUUCGUUGCCCCCCCUCUUGCCUC